GUGUUUUGAAGCGAAGCGAAGAAAAAGUAAAAGCUCACGCUUUCGGUUUCGGAAGUCGCCUUUGACCCGCCUUGAAGACCAAAAGACCAGGGUGGUAAGAACAAUGUUGGAAAGAUUGAAAGAUUUUCUGUACCGACACAGGAAGAAGUUUAUCACGACGGGUAUCGUGGUCGGCGGGAGCGUGUUUCUGCUCAAAUGGAUCCAGUACAAAUUGCGUGAGCUGCAGGAGCGCCAGGCGAAGGAGAUAGGCGAAAAGCUGCGCCGAAUGCAACACUUCGAGUGUACCGAUCGCACGUGCAAUCAAACGAUCACGGGCCUUGCGCCUGCCCUGUCGGAUAAACUAUUCGAACGACUCAACACGGACGACAUUCUGGUGAAGUUACGCUCUAAUCCGGAGAACAAACUUGAGCUGUGGGAGCAGCUGAAAAUCGUGGCAUUCACCCGCAUCGUGGCGCUCGUUUACGCUGCUUCCAUGCUUUCCGUGACGCUGAAGGUGCAGAUCAACAUUCUCGGCGGGUACCUGUACCGCGAUACGGUCGAGGAGGAGGACGGAAGCACGGGCCGUAUGGCACGCGAACAGCAAAUCUCGCCCAACCUACAAACUGCUUAUCUGUCGAUGAUACAGCACUUUAUGAGCGACGGCGUGUACGAGCUGAUCGAGAUUGUGCGCCAGAACGUGGGGAGCGUAAUGCAACGCUACAACCUAAAGCAACCACUGACGCUGGCCGACACCGAGACGCUUCUCUGGUCGAUACAAAUGGCACUGAACAAUGAGGAAGCUAGCCCGGCACGGUGCAUCGCCCGGUACACGCUAAACCCGUCGUUAUGCAGCAAAAUGGCCCGGCCCGGAACUGUGCUGGGUAAGAUGUUCGACGAAACGCUGGACGUCCUAGAGAGUGUCGAGUCGAGGGACGUGAGCCUAGCGAAUGUUAGCAACGGGUUCUCGCUUGUGGUGGACACACUGGCCGACUACUAUAUGGAGGGAGAUGCGGCCAUUAAACCGGCGCCGGAAAACGGAAAAUCAAACCUGAACGUGGAAUGUUUGGCGAACAUCAAUAACAUUACGAUUUCCCUCGCCAAGCUGAUACCGAUCGUGAAUGGGAUGGCCGGCAAACGGGUUUCCGUGAACGGUGGCACUACGUUGGUUCCCGGCACCGCGGGCGGCCUACCGACGAUGGCGGAGCUGAGUGGCAACAUGAUGGCGUCGAUGAUUGGCCGCUUUCUGCAGUCCGAGAAACUGCGAACACUCGGCGCCAACGUGUACGAAACAUUCUGUCAGUAGAACGCAUACAUUCUCUAACAUUCUUUUAAGGGAGCCCACACAGUACCGGAACCGUUUCGGGGUAUCGGUGGUGGUUAAUAGAGUAACAGAGGCGCAACCCGUAAAACUUCCUAAACAAGGUUCAGUUGGCAACUUGCAAACGUUUAAAGUGUAGAUUUUAUUUUGUAGCCCGUUGCAACAGGCCG